ACGUUAAAAGGGGCGUGAACUUAGCUGCUAACCGCUAGCCGCUGUGGGAUUCAGUUCAUUCUUGGCGCUGCUCUGCAGAAACGAAAGGACGAAACAGUGUAGCAUUUAAUAUUUACAGCAUAUACGGCUUAGUUAGCUUUUUGAGCCGUAGCAGCAAUUAGGCCGAUGGACGGGAACAUUUAGCCGGUGAAAUGGUGACCCGGCCUCUCUCUCUGGACAUGGCAUUGUGGCUAUUAAUGCUAACAUAGCUAGUUAGCCUGUGCGGCUAGGUAGCGGGGUUUGCUGGUUGUUGCUGUUAGUCAGAAGGUACACUCGCGUUAUGAGACUGACUUAACAGCAGCGUCGGGAGUUUAACGUCACCUGUUUCACCGCGCUAAUAUGCAGCAGUAGUUCAGCAGUGUCUCAGUCGCACCAGCAGACUAUCCGGUCGGUAGCUAACAGUUACCGGGCAUUGUGCGGUAUGUAGCCGUGGCAUGCUAACCAUCCAUCAGGAAAGUUGGUGACUGGUCAUAACGUUACAGGCAACGUUAGCACAGGCCAGGUGAAGCUGACUGUAUAGUUGCGAUAUGAGGAGACGUUGUGUUUAUUAGCCAGUGUGAAGUUGUUAAAACGCCGGAGUUGCAUAGAGCAAAGGGCCUAAGUUAGCUCACUGUUGACGGCAUUGCGUUAGCUGGUUUGUCUCACAUCAGCUCAGUUGCCUUGAUUGAUGUUGAUGAUGAUGGUGAUGAUGAUGAUUCCUCGAAUCGUGUAAAGUUGGCAAAGUUUGGAGAGCAGCAAUGUAACACCGUUUUUAAUUUAAUGAGCUGGUGACAGGCAGCGUUAGCAAGCAAAAUGAACAACUCAGGAGUCAUGCCACAAGAAAAGAUGGAUCUGGAUCUGGACAUCCCAUCUUCAUUAGUUCAGACCGAUGGACACUUGAGGAGAUCCAACAGUGCACCAAUGAUAAAUGGCUUAAGCGAUAACUCCCAAGUGUUCCAGAGAGAGGUCCUGCGUAGCCGGAGAAAUAGCACUACAGUUGUCAACAGGCCCAACAUGGUCCCUUCAUCACCCAUCCGAGUUCCCAGCACCAGACUUCAUCAGAUAAAACAAGAGGAGGGUGUAGACGUGAUGAACAGAGAAACUGCUCAUGAGCGGGAAGUUCAAGCCGCUAUGCAGAUGAGCCAGUCCUGGGAAGAAAGCCUGAGUCUGAGUGACAAUGACUUGGAGAAGUCUGCAUCUUCAUCUCCAAAGCGCAUCGACUUUGUUCCUGUGUCUCCUGCACCAUCCCCAACCAGAGGGAUAGGCAAAAAGCAGUGUUUCUCUCCUUCACUACAAAUCCUUGUGAGCAGCAACGGCCUAACACCCAGCCCAAUACCCAGCCCAACACGGCGAUUUAGCCGACGGAGUCAAAGCCCAAUCAACUGCAUCAGAGCCAGCAUACUCGGGCCAAUAAAACGCAAAGGUGAGAUGGAGACGGAGAGUCAACCCAAGAGGCUCUUCCAGGGAACCACCACCAUGCUGUCCUCUGACGUCUCCAACCUGUCAGAUCUCAGUUCCUGUCAUUCUCCAGAUUUACUGGACGGCAGCCUCAGCAGCGUCGGCUCCUCCACAGACUCCCCGGGCAAAAUGGAGGGAGUGUCGCCCUCCUCGUCCAGCAACUCGCCCUUUGCCUCCCUCCAGGACUUGUCUCCAAAGUGAGCGUGGCAUAGCAAGAGACGCACAAAAAAGACGGCUGCAAAAAAGCAGACCUCUCUCUUUCUCCCUCUCUCUCUCUUUCUCUCUCUCUCCAGGGAACGAGUUUCUUCUCAGACCCUCCACCUCACCAUCACAUAGAUUUAGUUGAAGUGAAAUAUUCCAUGUUUGCUUCUGAACAGCAGUUUUCAUGGCUUCUUCUGGGAGGGUCCAGGUAUGUUUGAAUUAAGGAAACAAAAGCCAUGGACGAGUUCUUGUGUGUGUAGAGGUAAACCUAGUCGAACUGGGAUGGACUGAAGACACUGAGCACCAGCUGCUAGUAGAGGAUCUUUGGAUGGUGCUUGGCUUCAUAGUGAUAUUGUGUUUUUACAUAAGUGGCUAUCCUGCAAAUCUGUCCUACCAGUUCCCCUCACUGGAGAGAGACAUCGAGCACUGGACAAAAAGAAAAAAAAAAAAAGACUAUUUGGAUGUGUACAUUAACCUGUUUAGUGCUGGAGAACUUCUGUCCACAGGCCUCUGUAUGUACACAGUCUGCAGAUUUUGUAAGAAAAGAUUUAACUUAUUGUUUUCCUGCUUUGUUUGUAAUUAUGUACAUAUUAACCUUGUCAAAUGUCAUACAUAGUUUUAAGUUUGUGGCUGUGAGAUGAAUGUGGGCACAGGUCCUCAACAGCAAAUGUUUUCUUUUUAAAGGAACAAACUACUUCCAGGGUAGAACUAUGGAGAUUUCCUUACUGUUAUAAUGUAAGAGAAGUUAUGUUUUCAACAGAUAUUCUGAUUAUUUUUAUGGUAUAGGCUGUGAACUGUGGUGAUUUUUUUUUUUUUUUUUUUUUUAAUUUUGGCUUUGACGUCCCCCUCCCCAUGACAUGCUGCAGCUUUAAUUGCCCUGUAUGAGCAGUUAAUUGUGGACAAAAAUCAGAUGGUCACCACUGUUGGGCUUUCAACACUAAAGGCUGCUCUGUAUCCUGUGUUUUUGUCAGGAUGUUUUUGUAGUUGAACAGAUUAUAGUAAUGAUUCCUUUUUUUUUUUUUUCCUCCUCCUGGCAAAAUGUUCUUAUUUAUGGUAAAAAUUUAUUAUAAAAAUGAGAGGUUGAUAGUUUCUGUCCCCCGGUAAAAAUGAACCAUUCGUGUCGUCAUGAACUGCUGGAGCAUGCAGCAAAAACAAAAUGGCACCAUUACAUUGUCAGUAAAGAGGCUGCUGUUUCUGCUGUGGUUACAUGUAUUAAAAGAGCUUUUUGCCCAAGACACUCAAUCCUG